AUGGAAUCAAUGAGUACUCAUCAUAAUAGUCAAAAACGAGUUGUUUCAUUUUUUAUUUGGGAUCCUGAAUUAGAACGUAAAAUUGAUUGUGAAGUCAAGAUGAUAGAUGGAAUUAGUAAAUUACUCAAUGUGGCUACAACACUUGAACAAACAAUUGAAUGUCAUAAAGCUCUUAUUCUUUCUCAACAACGUAUAUUAGCAUUUAUGACUGAACUACAACGAAAACAACAAAAUCUACUUAAACAUGAUAAUACGAAUCUUGAACCAACAAAAGCAACAAUUAUUCUAUCUGAUAUUCGUUUACCAUUAGUAUGGACAAUUAUGAAAGCAAAAUUAGAACAAAAAAAAUUCGCUGUUUUCUGUUUGGCACGUAUUGGAUGUAGAAUACUCGAUACAAAAAUGAAAUCUAUUGAUAAAAAAUCAACAGAAAUAUUUUUUACAGAUAAACUUAUUUUUAAUAAUGUUCCACAUGAUUUUCAAUUAUAUUUGGAAGUUUAUGCAUUAAAUAAAAGUCUUGCUUUAUCAUCAUCAGUAAAAGAUUUUGCUAAUCGUUAUAGUUAUUUUUCUACAUAUGGAUCAUAUAAAUCAACACGAAAAAUAAAAGAAACUAAUUCAACGAAUCAUAAAUCCUCGAUUCAACAACAAUCUAAAUUUGUUUUAAUUGCUCGAACUAUAUUUACAAAAGGUUCUGCACAUAAAAUGGCUAAAGUUCGAUAUUUAAAAAUGGAACGUUUACAAGAAAAUCCUCUUAUGCAAUUACCAAUUCAUACAUCUUUUAUUGCACAUUUUACUAUUCAACCAUUAUGUUAUACAAGUUUAGCAACAUUAAUUGGAGUUUUAGAAAGUGAUAAUGUACAAUAUUCAUGUAUAAUAACUGCAGGAUUUUUAAACGGCAAAGAAAUAAUGCGAGAUAAUUUUUCAGAUCAACAUCGAUUUUCUAUACCAAUUACAUCGGAAACAAUCAUUUCAUCAUGUGAUGAUCAAUUAUCAUUUAUAGUUGAUAAUCAUGAUUUUGGUCAAGCAGAAUUUUUUGUUCAAGAUUUAUUUACAUUAAAUAAUUGGAUUCGAGCAUUACAACAACAUAUUCUUGAUAUUCGUACUUGGAAAUUAACUUUCGAACAUUCAUCUUCUAUAAGACGUUAUUCUUAUCAACCAUUAACUUCAUUAUCAAAAUCUUCGAUUAUUGAUAGGAAUUUAAUAAAAGAAUCCAUAUUAAGAACAAAAGCACGAUCACUUGGUAUGUAG